AUGGUUAGUGUGGCUACAGCAGUUAUAUGUUUAGUUGGGAUACCACUUUUUUUUGGUUUAUCGAUAGCUCUAUUUUUUGGGUUGCAGCUUUUUAAAAGACUUAGGAAAGAAGAUGAAGAAUUUGAAGAAGAAAUUAAGCAAGGUGAUGAUUUUUUCCAAUUUGAUGAUAUCGAAACUUGGAAAGUCGAUUUAACGAAAAAUGUUAAACCAGAGGAUUUAGAAUCUGGAAAAAUUCUAGUAGAUCUGGAAGUAAGACAGUCAUUACAAUCUAAUAGGAGUGAAGAUACAAAUAUCAUAUCACGGUCAUAUAUACCUGCAUAUAGAAAAACUUUUCGAACACGAUAUAAUGAAUUCAAAGAAAAAGGCAAAACAAUAAAUCUUGAAAAUGGAAGCUAUGAAGGUAAUUCGAAAAGAAAGAGCAUAUACGAACAAAUUCUUCCCGUUAUGGAGGAGGAUGUUUUCAGUCAUCAAGAAAUGCAUGCGCAAACAAAAACAAAAUUACUUCGAAACUAUAGGGUUGAAAUGGAAAAUGUUCUUUUGGGAAAAUCACUUGCAAAGCAAGAUCUUGGAUCGUAUUAUCCUCGCAGUUGA